AUGCCCUCCGUACCCACUCCCUCCAAAGCCGGUAUCGUCGAAACUCAAACAGGCGAUCGUCAUAUCCCCUCAUCAACCCGCGCCGACGGCACAAAACGAAAAGAAAUCAAAAUCCGUCCAGGAUACAAACCGCCCGAGGAUGUCGAAGUAUACAAAAACCGCACCGCAGAAACAUGGAAGAAUCGUGGUAGCAGAGGGCCACCCGGCGCAGAGGGUCUAAAGGAUGAUACCAGUACCGCGGGAUCUGCAGCCAGCAACAAAAAUGCAAAGAGGAGAGAAGCGAGAAAGAAAGCUGCUGAGAAUUCCAAAGAAGGGAGUGGUGAAGUGAAAGGAAGUCAGGCUGAUAAUUGGAGGGACGGGAAAAAGGAUGUUGAGGUUGAAAAGAAGGAAGAGGUUGAUCCCGAGGCAGAGAGAGAAAAGAAAGCAAGGAAUCUGAAGAAGAAGUUAAAGCAGGCUAAGGAUCUGAAGGAGAAAAGUCAGCAGGAUGGUGCAAAAUUGCUGCCGGAGCAAUUUGCGAAGGUUAUUAAGAUUAAUGAGUUGAUUAGGGAAUUGGAUCUGCUUGGUUUUGACGCUGAUGGCGAGCCGAAGGCCAAGGAUGAUGUGAAAGAUAUUGCGGCAGCGGCAGAGACGUUAUCUUUGGAGGAUACGAAGGAGUGA